AUGCACUUCAAUUCACUGAUCAUUUUCAUUAGUAGUCUAGAUUUUCCUCGUUUUUCUUCUCUCUGGCAAAAGCUGUUUGGUUCUGUGGGUUUCUUCGUUAGUUCAUUGCACUACGGACUAAUGGGGUCCAAGGGAUUUCUUGGUUUUCUGUGGAUUGUGACAGUGUUGUCUUUCCUCAGCUCAACUCAAGGUUACAAGUUCUACGUUGGUGGCAAAGAUGGUUGGGUGGUUAGCGCUUCUGAGAAGUACAAUCAUUGGGCUGAAAGGAACAGAUUCCAAGUCAAUGACGCUCUCUUUUUUAAGUACAAGAAAGGGUCAGACUCGGUGCUGUUGGUAACAAGAGAAGCUUACUACUCGUGCAACACCAGUAACCCAAUACAGUCCCUGACAGAGGGUGAUUCAAUCUUUACAUUUGAUCGUUCAGGUCCCUUCUUCUUCAUCGGAGGCAAUGCUGAUAACUGCAACAAAGGCCAAAAGCUCAUCGUUGUGGUGUUGGCUGUGAGACACAAACCCCAGAAGCAGCCUCCUUCUCCAUCUCCCUCAUCUGCUGUGCCAACAACACCGCCAGUUUCUCCAGCUCCAUCUCCUGUUCCUAAGACUAACCCUCCAGUGGAGUCACCAAAGGCCAGCGAUCAAUCGGACGUUGAUGCUCCGGCGCCGGCUCCUGAGAAAAACUCGGGUUCAUUGGGAUUAGUAUGUUCUACUUCGUUAGUGUUGGGUUUCAGCGUUUGGGUGAGCAUGAUCUUGUGAAGUUUGUAA